AUGCAACAGAGUGCAGACAACACUCCGUCUACAUCUGAAUUAAUGCGUUUUGAUGAAUGUGAUCAACAAACGCAUACAAAGAAAAUGUCAAACUCACCAUUAUUACCGCGUAAUAGAUCAUGGUCCCAUGGUAACAGACGAACAAGUUCGUCCUCACAAAAUUCACAGGAGGGGUUGUCCCCCUUGAAUAGUCUUGCUGUCUCGUUGUCAAGGUCACAAGUAGCACUAUGUUCUAGUGCAGACGUAAUCUGCGGACCCGUCAUUGACACUCCGAGAAACAAAAAUAAGAAAGCAUCAUUUCGGAGAAGACUGAAGGCCUCAUACGACUUAACCUUGUUCAGAUCACUGGUGUUUCCGGUGUUCUUACUUAUGGCGGCCAUGAUGGCGCCAACAACUCUUCUACCUCCGAUGUUUUUAGCUCCAUUAUCUAGAGAUCUCGGUAUUAGUGCUGAACGAAUUGGAUUACUGAUGUCAAUUGCAGGUGGUGUUGGGAUGUUCUCUAGAAUUCUUUGCGCUUUAUUUGCCGACAGAAAAUAUGUGAAAUUGACUACACUGUUAGCUGUGGUAUCAGCUCUUGCUGGGGUAACAGCGCAUUGUGUUAGAUUCAUCAAGACCUUCCCUUUAUUGGUUUUCGUUGCUGUAAUAUUUGGAUUAUGUUGUGAGAUCUAUCAGUCAACAUAUCCCGUUAUUCUCGUGGAGUACUUGACGUUACCCAAGCUGAAGAGCUGUAUCGGGUUUACGUUGUUGUGUCACGGUGUAGCAGUUGCGUCUACAUUUCCAGUUAUUGGUUCGUUCAGGGACGCUACAGGAAAUUACAUCGCAUCAUAUCACUUUUUGGGAACCAUGUCUUUUGUAGGGGCGCUUUUAGCAUUGUCUUUGCCAUAUAUUCAUAGAAGACAGCAAUCGGACGUGAGAAUUUAA